AUGCACAUUCACCACAAGGACCACAAGACGCCUCCUCCAGGAUUCUCCAUCCUCUUGUUGCUGUUCUUGUCCCCAACAGUUUUCUGUUCUAAGCCGGGACUAGAGAUCAUUCCGCCCAAUGGGGAGAUUUAUCUGGGAGAAGAAAAGAACUUUCUAUGUAAAUCGACUGUUGAGGCCACAAUAAAAUGGUUGGAUUCUGCCGGAGAUGAGAUUGAAGAUGAAGACAAUCGUUACAGACAGAAGCAUAUAGACGAGAGUAUACGGAGUGUGUACGUGACGGCGAACAAGGCGGAGCCAGAGCGCACUAUACAGUGUCACGCCGAGUCCGAAUCCGGGGAGACCGCCACUGUGGAGCUGAAACUGAGGGUCAUCCAAAAACCAACAUUUGUGAAGGACGUUGCGACCCGGAAGGAAUUUUCUGCUGAUUCCACAGCCAAGCUGCCCUGUAAUGUGGAGGGGAUCCCGCGGCCCCAGGUCACAUGGUAUCGAUAUGGAAUGCCCAUCACCCCGCUCCCAGGUCACCUCUCUGCCAGUCCUGAUGGGGUCCUGACCAUAGAGAAGAUCCAGCUGUCUGAUGCCGGGAUGUAUUACUGCACGGCGUAUAUCAGAGAGAGGGAGGAGAAGGCGUACAAGAACGUCUCCGUCAUCGUCAACGCCGCUCCGAUCGUUCACUUCAACACCACAAACCCCAACAUCACCUCCAAAUCCAACACGUCCUUCACCUGCUUCGUGAGCGGGCACCCCGAACCCCGCAUCACAUGGAAGAAGGGGGAUGCGGAGGUUCCUCUGGACGGGCAGAAGUACGUUCUGAGCACUGACGGGCUGGAGCUGUCCAUCACUGAGCUGGAGAAGUCUGAUGAGGGGGAAUACACGUGUCACGCUGUCAACAGCUACGGGGAGCACAACACCACGCUGAUCCUGCAGGUCCUGGAUGCCCCUCGGGGUGUAGGAGCCGGGAUGAUCGCCGGAAUAUUCCUCCUCCUCCUCCUCGUGACUCUUCUGGCCGUGGAUCUGACCUGUUAUAGGACCCGACGCCGAGGAUUCCUGAUGUACAUCGCGACCAACGUACUGGGCCGACCGGCACCAAGAGUCGUCCUGGAGGACACGGAUAUAAAGAAGGAGUCGGUGGUGAAUAUUUCCGGGAUUGACGCCUGACGUUCGGCUUCUAACACUGGAUGGAACAGAUGAGGAUGAAGCCGGACGAGGCGCCGCUCUGUGCACUACAAGUCCCAGCAAUCGACAGUCGUCCAUUCUGUAUCAGUAAUAAAGGGGGAGAUACAUCGGUGCCUCCCUGGUUAGGAUCAUGUGACCCUUUACUGAUUCCAAAACACAAGGGGCCGCGACGCUCUGCGGAGCUCCUGAACUUGCAUUACGGCCACACCCCCCCCCCCCCAACUAUGACAAUA